AACUCAUGUCCAAAACAACCGCUAUAAUCAUCAUAUUAUUUUAACGGUUCGCUUCCAAAUACCUCUUCCCUUUGGCGCGUGAUUCUCUCAGCGGCAGAUGUUCCAGAUCCCUCCGCGCACACAAUGUAUUACUCCGCGUAUGUCAAGCACGUAUGUUGGAAACGCUGCGGUGAGAUUCGACCAACAAAAAUAUCUAACUUUACUCAUUUUAACACACUGAAAACACACUGUUUGACCCUGAGCGUUCCCACAUAUGGAAGUCCGACUCCUCGCAUUAAUGUGACCGUGUUCCCCUGCCUGAUGGUAUCUACUUUGAGUGGAAAUGGACAACACUCCGCAUUCAGAGGAGGAUUAUUUAGACGCAGCUUCACACACACAGGCGUCACCAUGUGCACAAAUCAACAAAAGACCUGAACCUGAAGCCCAGCACAUGUUUUCAGGAGCAGAGAAGAGCCCAGUAGAUAAACUCAAAUUAGAAGUGAGGAUUGUCCUGACCAGGAUAACACCAGCAGCCUCUGGACAUCACCUGGCUUCUGCUGCUGCUGAGCCUGAAGCAGAGGACAAUUGUGCACAAAAUGACAGCCCGUCAUGCGAUCACACAACAUCAGACAUAAAAGCUGGUGGAGUAGACAGAGGUGUUCAAGUAAAUCUACUCCAUGCAGAGGUGUGCACUGAAACCACAGACGAAUCAGCUCCACAGUACAUUGUAGAUGAGGAAGCCAUCCUGCAGCUGAUGAAGACCUGCCCAUUGUGCAGCAAACAGUGUCGCUGUAACAAAUACACCCGCGGGCCUUAUUUCAUAGUCUACCAGAGCUGUUACUUCUGCGAUUAUCGACGCAAGUGGGCUAGUCAGCCAGAGGCUAUAAAUAUGAACACUCAGAAAAGACGUGCACUUUGUCCAAGACAGGAACAGGGUCCAUGUAAAUCCAAACACUGGUCCCAGACUGGUGUUCUGAAAUGUCAAUCUCGGUGUCCAACAACAAAGUUACAGACCUGAAGAAGCCAGAGUCCGAAACAUCUGAGGUAUGAAUAGUUCACAUGAAACUGAAUGUUCACAUGAAUGCCAGUUUAGAUGUGCCUAUGUGGUGAAUAAUUAUCGCUGUAGGUUUUAGCUUCAGCCGAAAGUAACAUUAAAUUAACAGUAACAGAGCAGUUGAACUUAUUAGAGCUUGGAGAUGAUCAUGAUAUUUUUGUUCCAUAUUGAUUAUUAUUGGUCACAAUAUACAGUAGUUUAAAAAAGUUUUUUUUUUUUUUUUUUUACACUAUCAAAUAUCUUGAAAUUUGUGGAAAAAUCUGUGUUUCUAAAGGUGUGGCUGUAUCAGACAGACACAAACAAAUGCAAAUUAUUUCUUUUGUUUAUUGUUAACAAGAAGAAAUAUCAAAACUAAAUCGUCAAGUUUCAACGGGUCAUGUCCUGUAUGCGUUUCAUUAUUUUGCUGAAGCAUCCAGUUUUGACCUCGAUGGAACAGGGCAUGUGCAGAAGGGAGCAUGUGGGUUUGGAGAAUGGAACAAUAGUUGGCAGGGUUUAAUGAGAGUGAAUCUUAAUGCAAUUUAUCACAAAUACAUGGGGUGUCCAAAAACUUUUUUCACCACUGUAUAAUUUAAUGCCUGAAAUCUGGAGGAUUCAUACACUAAAUAAAUAUUAACAGGGAUUCAUUUUAUAUACAUGUUAUGAUAGAUGUAGGCCUCUGAUUAAAAAAGGAAAAUAAAAAAAAAUAUAUGCUUUCCUAUCUAGACUGUUAGUGGCCAUAUUAUCAUAGAUCUCAGAUUUUAAGAGGUACACACUUAAAUGUCAUCAAUCUGUUACUGCUUAUGUUUUUCCCACACAAAACAAGGCAUAUUUUAGGUGCACUGAAUGCAUCUCCACCCAGGUAAAUUUUCUGUUUGGCAAGUAGAUCUAGGAAGUCAUGUGAGUCAGUGAAUAAAAUAAGGCCUCUGUUCUUGCUGCUGUUUGAAAAGCUAAAA